AUGCCUAAGAACCCAAAACAAUCGGCAAAAGUAAAGGAAACGAAAGUCACACCGGAACCGGAGCAGCCCGCUACCGAAGAACAAACCGAAGCCGAACGACUCGAGGAAGAACAAAGGCGGCUGCGGGAAAAAGCGGCACAAAAUCUCAAGCAGUACAACCAGCGGCGCGUGUUGCUGGUGGAAAGUUUGAAAUUUUUCCAAAAGCUCAAAAGAAAUGCCACCGAACAGCGGCGUCAGCAGGCGAGGCGCAAAGAAUGGUCCGACUUCUUGGCAUGCCAACUCAACCCCAACCCGGCCCUGGCACCGGAACUUCGCGAGCGGUUGUAUCAGUGGCGGUACGAGCAGGACGAGCUGGAACGGAACUCGGUCAGCUGGACGCUGGCAGCGGAUGACCGUAGCCUACUGACGCAAGACCACCACCACCGAGGUCAGAGCGGCGGCGGCGGCGGCAAAACGCGCCAAGAUCUGAAGCUGCUGUACCGGAACGUUGGCGCGAUUUAUGUGCCAACGAUUCGGGAGGCGGUUGCGGUGCUGGAAUCGAUCGAGCAGUACGCCCGGGGUGGACGUACCGUACCGCCGGAGGUACUGCUGGCGAGGGACGAAAUCCGGAAGUUCAUUAGCGAUUCACUGGACAGGAUGACCUUUCGGAUUGGCAGCUACAUCGGUCGGGAUAUGGAGACGCUCAAUCCGGUGAUGGGCGAGUUUUGUUAUGCGAGUGACAUUGUGGCCGUGUACCUUUGGAGCUUUCGGCAUGUCCCCCUGCCGCCGGAUUAUAAUCUUCUUAUGAAAGUUAUCAGCAUGCCACCGCUCGGUCUAACCAUGUACCGACCGCCGGCGUUCAAUUUAAAGCGUGCCUUUAUCCGGGGUCUGUGGCACGGCUUCGAUCACUACAGUAGCGCGGAUCCGACGUACAAUCUGCGGCCGUGCGCUGUUGAGAAACCCCCCAGUUCGGGCCGAUCCGAUCUCAGCACCGAGCAGGAACUGGAGUGGAAAGAGCGCCAGGAUAUCAGGCGGAAACGGCUGACAGCUUUGCGCCAGCUGCGGGAUGAUUACGAGGCCGAGGAGCGGCGCAAGGAAGCCGAAGCGGAAGCGCUGGCUGCCGAGCAGCAAAAGGCCGGUUCCUCCGCUGCGCAGCAGAAGAAGAAGAAGGAGCCGACGACCGGUCCGAAAACGGGGCGCAAAAAACAGGGCCGCCUCAUCGUGAAGGCACCGGAACCGCCACUGCCGCCGGUUCCGCUGGUGAUUACGGAUGAGACCGAGGUUGACAUUGACGCCGAGUACGAGCAGUGGCAAAGUGAUCGGGUUUGGGAGAGUUUGGUGCGUAUUGGGCCCACCGCACUGCCCCUCAGGAAGGGUUACAUGAACCUGCGCGAGUAUGCCAUCGUCGGAGGCGUGUACAAGCUGACACGCUUCGCCAAGCUGCCCCAACCCGUGGAACCCCGAUCCGGGUUUCUCUUCACGACCGGGCGCGUCGGUUUGAAACUCACCGAACGGGGUUACCGGGGACGAAGGUGGGUUGGAAAAGGUGAGGAGUUGAUUAAAAUUCAGCUACAACUCCCGGCCAGCUGCUUCUGGUGGGAAGAGCCGCGCGUUUGCUGGUGGGAGCGGUGCCGAGAGAAGAGCAAAACAUUCGCCCGGCAUCCUUCUCCGGCCGGUCGUCGACGCAAGUCGACACAACUAUCUGCUGUGUCCAACCGAGUGCGACGACGACGACGACGACGUCCCACCAAAGGCCCAAAGAUUGUUCGAGAUUUCUCACUCCACGACCGUCCGGUCGCGGUGCGGCUUCACUUUCUCAUACGCGACCACAUUCUACCACGGAUUCCGGAUCAAUACCGAUACCGGGCGGAGUUGAGGCAACUGUACACCAUUUUGCGGGAACACGCCCGUCGCCAGCGGGCCCUCGAUCGUGAGCAGCUGGUGCGCGAUGAGCUGGUGGCCGCGUACGAUCGAUUCCUGGCCGUGCACCGCUACGGUGACCUGGCUUCGUCCUCCACACCGGCCAUCGCGGAAAUGCGCCACCCGACGGAGGCGGACAUUGAGGUUGAGAAGGCAGGAGGAAAGCGUCGCUCGCGGUGGACGGCCCUGGGACAGGGUAUCAGCAGCAUUGUAAGUGCCGAAGAGCCGAAGGAAAUGGAUGAAAAAUUGGAGCAAUUUCCAUUGGUGCACCCGUCGCGACCACGCUAUCUGCAUCCUGCCACCCUACGUUCCCGGCAACGCCCAGUAAUGAUUGCCACCGACCAGCCCGGCCAUCCCGGCCAUACCAUCGAUGCGGAUGCUGAGCGGUGCAUGGGAGAGUUGGUGCGAACGCUGCAAGCCGCGAAUACCAUGGAUGACGAGGAGGCGGAAGAGCGGUUAUGUGCACACUUUUCCACCUUUCUCCGGUUGCUGGACUAUUUGCGCGAGCAGGAAAAACCAAUCUUCCCGGUGAAGCCACCACCGAAGGUGGCACUCGAGCCGGUUCGUGCUUCGGCCACUGGCAAGCAGCAGCAGCAGAAGGGGCAGCGGCAAACGGUGCCGCAAUCGUACGACCCCGACCAACGGAUCGUGACAUUCUGGACGGAUCGGUUCGGUGUUUAUGGGUUGGCGGCGCGCCGAUACUCGCAGCUCCCCUUCCAGCACUGGACGGUGCGUCCCAACGACCGAACAACGGAUCACUCAGCAAUCGUUGCACUAAAGACGGCAACCGGUCUGGAGCUCGCAUUCCACGUCAGCACCGUGGGCUAUCGGUUGGAGAUUGUCGCGGAGAGUGUCGAGAGGUCGACACCGAAUGCACCAUUGCACUCGGACCCACGGCUAGACACCGAGCUAACGCUGGACGAGCUGGAGAAGCUGUUGGUGAAGCUGAAUUUGCAUCUCUUUCCACAGCCAGACACCUGCUUCUACGCAAACGGCAGCAGCAGCAGUGCCACGCUCAAGCACGACGCGAUGGAGAUGCAUAAUUUGCAAUGUUUGGCCGUGUUCUGUUUGACUCACCAGCUGGAGUGGUGUCUAUGGAACCGGUAUGCCGAUCGGCGUACCGCACUCGUCCAAUGCCGGCAGCUAAUUGAAGGGCGCGCGGAACCGGAACUGCCGACCAGAACCAGUACCACCACCGCCACCGCCACCACCAUCAAGAUUACUCCGCUGGGCGUGCUGACGGUCGAAGUGGAGGAACUCUGUUCGCCUACCCUCGAGCAGAUCCUGUUGGCCUACCAUCCCGUACCGGUGGACCAAAGUUACAACGCCGAUUGCUACGGAUUGCUGAAGGGUGCGCUAGAGGAGCCCUCGCGGAAGGUUCUCUCCAAAACACCACCUAUGCUCCAGUGGCACGUCGGGCAGCUGUUGCAGAAGCUACGUCUGCUCAGCUACUCCUGA